GGAGUUUCUCGUCCUUAUUUCUUUCUCAUAACGAAAUCGCACAUAUUAAUAUCGUGGCAGGACUUUUGAAGUCAGACUCAACCGUACCAAAAUUCUUAUUGCAAGAAAAUUUACAGCAAGUCCGGAGAAGACAAGUUCCCAAAAGGAAGAUUCAACAAGUACCAUGGCACCAACUAACCCGCGUGUAUUGGUCCUCGGAGGCCAUGGGAAGAUUUCUCUUUUCCUCCAGCCUCUGUUGCUGGCGAAAAAGUGGAAUGUCAUCAGUGUCAUUCGCAAUCGCGAGCAAGAGGCUGAAAUAUUAGCACUUGGUAAGGACAAGCCAGGUACUAUUGAUGUGCUGGUGGACAGUCUGGACGACGUCAAAGAAACUUCCCAGGCGCAACGGGUCCUGGACAAGGUCAAGCCUGACUAUGUUGUCUGGUCUGCAGGUGCCGGUGGAAAGGGUGGGCCUACCAGGACCAAGGCUAUUGACGAAGUCGCCGCGAAGGCUUACAUAUCAGCUUCGCUAGCGACACCUACCGUCAGCAAAUUCCUCAUGGUAUCAUAUAUUGCUUCUCGAAAAGGCUAUCCUCCAUGGUGGUCAGAAGAGGACAAGAAAGCGGCUGAUCAUGUCAACAACGAUGUGUUGCACAACUACUACCUUGCAAAGGUAGAGGCUGACGAGCAUCUUGAGGCCUUGGCCAAGAAGCGGUUGGACAAUGGCGACAAAGCAUUCCAGGCCAUCAACCUGAGACCAGGUACUCUGUCUGACUCGCCAGGAACAGGCAAGGUAAAGAUGGGACAGACUCCUUCACGUGGAAGCGUUCCUCGAGAGGACGUUGCGGCCGUCGCAGCAGCACUUUUGUCCCGUGACGAUACACGAGGGUGGUUUGACCUGCUGGAAGGGAAUGAUCCCAUUAAUGAGGCGAUUGAAAGCCUGGUAAAGUCAGGCCUUAAUGGCAUGGAGGGUGAAGACUUAGCCAGGAUCCAUGGCAGAGCCACAUAAAUGCUCUCAACCAGGCCGGAACAUGAACAGCUCAUAGGAUAUGAAUAUUAAUGACUUUUCACUGAA